AUCCCUUGAUGUACUAUACAACUUAAAAACAAGAAUCAAAAGACAAAGCAUACAGCAGAAAACAAUGGGGACCGAAACCCCUUCAAUGUCCUCUCUAGCCUCACGAAUAUGCAAUCACAUGGCCUCCAUCUUUGCCAAACCCACUGGCCCCCACCCACCACCCUUGGACCUCAUGAUCACCACUCUCACUUCCACGGCAGCCCAAAAUGGUCGUGUCUUCCUCUAUGGGGUUGGUAGGGAGGGCCUGAUGCUCAAGGCUCUAUGCAUGAGGCUGGCUCACCUUGGCAUCUCUACCCACUUUGUCUUUGACAUGACAACCCCACCAAUCACUUCAAAUGACCUCCUCAUAGCCUCUGCUGGACCUGGAGGAUUCUCUACUGUUGAUGCUUUAUGCUCACUCGCAAGAUCGUACGGUGCUACAGUGUUGUUGUUGACGGCUCAGCCUGAGACAGGAUCCUGUGUGAAGCAUGCUAGUGUGGUUUGCUAUGUGCCAGCACAGACCAUGGCUGAUGAUAAGGGUGAUGGCGAUGGCGGGGAGGAGAAAUCUAGGCCUUUAAUGCCUAUGGGAAGUGUUUUUGAGGGGGCCUUGUUUGUGUUCUUUGAGAUGGUUGUUUACAAGUUAGGUGAGGCUUUAGGACAGAGCCCUGAGGUCAUUCGAUCUCGCCAUACCAACCUUGAAUGAAAAAAAUUGGUUUCUUUCCAGCAAUUUUGUAGGCACUCCAAAAUCUCCAUCUGUUGAGCAAAAUCACGUCAGUCUUACCUUUCUCCGUGAAGAGUUGAUCCGCCUCCCAUGCCGGAUUAUGGAUUAGAUCCUAUCAUCUCUUCAAAGUCAUCGUCGUGUUUACGGAGCUGUACAUGGAAACUUUCCAUUAAAAUGGGCGCGCAUGCCUCUCAGUCACUUCUUCAAGGAACAUUUCUUUCUUUCUCUGUAUUUCAAUCCUUGACGUGGCAGACCGACCCCUGCUGCUUGCUGCUCCUGUCAUGUUCGCCGAUGAUCACGAGGUCAGCAGUCAAUUCAAGUGGAUUGCCAGAUGGAUAUCACCACAUGGCAGUAUGCGAUUAGCGCAGGCAUCGAGCCCCACGUGCACGGGGGUUUUCCAUCACGUGGCCUUGUAAUAGCCAGGGAAAAAAUCAAAGAGCAUGGACUUUGCAGGCUUGUGUCUCUGCUGGCUCAACAUACGAUGAAGGUCGUCUUGAUUAAACUCUCUUCACGCACGCCACUAGAAAGAAAGCCCAGUGAAUUACUCUAUAUUUUGCUCUGCACGUUACUACCCCUUUCAAUCCCUAUUUCACUAACCUAUUCUUUGAAGCCAAAAUUGUUAAAGAUCAUGGGUUGGAAAAAUCAGCUAAAAUCAAUCCCAAAAAAAUACGUUAUUUUAAGUCUUUUUCUUAAAAAAAAAUAAAUUAAUUAAAUUUUAAUCAAAUCUAACCAUGUUAACUUCCACAUGAUCUAACAUUCAAAAUUCAGCUCAACAAGUUGAUCCCAAUACUAGAACAAAAUUGAGAUUGUGAUCAAAUUCUACAAAUGUUACGUCAUUAAACGAUCUCCUUCUAAUUUUUCGAAUAAAACACAAUUAAAAAAAAUAAAAAUAUUUUUUUUUUAACUGGGUUGGACCCGAUUCAAUGCUUUGGACCGGACCCGCGUCGGCCGGAAUAGUUGAGAGUGAAACUCUCCAUUGUACAAAAACACAGCAGGAAGAAGCAUGAAAACAUUGCUCUAGUAGAACCUACGGUUAAACCUCAUUUUUAAUGGGUCCCAUAAGCCAAAUCACAGCUACUACUUACAACCAAACAUUAUAUUAUUGAGUUUAAAAAACAAAAACAGCUGCUGCAGAGCCAAACGCCUUCGUUGAAUCGACAUUCAAAGAGAGGUCCAAUUAAUUAUUAAUUAUAUAUAUAUAUUUUUGUCUAUAUAGAGUGGAAUGGCUCUUCUCUAAUUUUUAAUCCUCGUUCCACUUUCUUAAUGUUUGAAUCUUAAAUGUUGUAAUGUAAAUGUCAAAUCUUGAUUAUUGUAGUGUUCUUUAAAAAUUAGGGUAAUAUUGCCCAGUGCCAUGAUAUUCUUCAAAUUUCAAGAUUUGUUUGCCAAUUUGGACUUAGUUUAGGAGACAAUCUUUUCUUUGAUAUUUCUUUAUUUUAACUUAUUUUUAAUUCCCUUCCAUUUUUUUACCCCCCCCCCCCUAAUUUAUAAAAUUCAACUUUCUAGCCAUCAAGAUCCAUACAUACGUAUUCCUAAUUUCAAGUAUUCUUCAUUUGAAAUACUUCCUAUAUACACACACAUAAUAAUUAAUUAUAUAUAUUUUUAUUUUACAUAAGAUUAUCGAGAUAAUUCGAGUCUCAACAAAUAUGAUUUUCUCAUCAAUAAUAAUAAUAAUAAUAAUAAUAAUAAUAAUAAUAAUGUAAUUGAGAAAUACUAGUCGUAGUAUAUCUAAAAUCAUGCAUGGUGGACUACCCAUGAAAGGAAAAUCAAUGGAGCGUACAAAUAAAUUCUUGUAAACCAGGAAAUUAUAAAGUCAACAUCUCAGAGUUUGACCACUAGAAGGAGGAGGAGGGCACAAAUGUAAAUUAGAAGAGAAAACAAGGGUCAUAACAUAAACACAAAACAAAAAAAUCAAACCCACCGGGAGCAUAACCUAAAACUCCAAUGUUAGAUUUUUAUGCGAAAGGAUUCUUUCUUGUCCCCCGAAAAUAUCUUUCUUUAUCGGUUCCAACCUUUGAUCUUUUGGCCCUCAUGAGAUAUUUUCGCUUACAGGCCCCCCUAUUCCACCCACCUCCUCGACUACCCUAAAACCAACCGUACUCUCUCUCCCUGUCUCUCUCUCUUAAACAAAUAUUAAUAAUUCAUCUAACCCUAGUUUUCAGAUAAUUACAUAUUGAAUUUGAAGUUUUUUUUUUUUUUACUCGAGAGCAUCAAAUAAAAAAUUUUAUUUAAUUAUUUAUUAAUUAAAUACCAUAUUAUUUUGAAAGGAUAUUUUUUUAUAUAAAAAACCUUCAAUUUAAAUGGAGGUAAAACCAAUAUAAUUAUGCAAGUAAACAUAUUCAUAUAUUUUUUUAAUUAAAUAGAACAUAAAAUUCACAUACUAAAUUAAGAAAAUGUGAAAAAGUUUAUACUAAAAAAAUAAUUAUGAAGGUAAACCUCAAAUACAAUUAAAGAAACAAAAUCUAUAACAUGAUAUGUGCUUCAUUAAAAUUAAAAUUAAUUGGGGUUUGGAUCUCAUAGAAUUCUAUGAGUUAAAACUUGAAGAAUACAUACAGGGAAAAGGAAUAAAAAUAAAAUAAAAUACACGUGUUCAUUUAGGAAAGCGAGUACAAACUUUGAGUACUCUCGUGUCAACAAGCGUAGCCACAAGGAGAGUUCUUAAAGAAUAAACAAAACCACCCUAAACAACGAGCUCUAUAUAUCUAGGCAUGAAACCAUUGGCGAAACCCCAAAAAUCACUUGAAAAUUGCAACAACAGCAAGAAAAAGCCCUACCCAUAAAUCCUUUUCCCGGCCGCUGAUCCCAACAAGCUGAAUUUUCCGGUGGCAUGGACCCUAACAUCUCCAACAACAGCAACAAAAGCAACAAAACUGAACAUAACUGGACAAACGAGGAACACCUGCACUUCUUGCAAUCAAUGGAGGCAUCGUUUGUCCGUACAAUGCUUGAAAACAAUGGCCCUCUCCUUCGUCUGGACCGGUACUUGCCGGACAGUUCAGAGUCAACUCUUGAUUUGAAAUCUCAGAGAAAGAAGAAACAUGGCACCCCAGAUGUUGUUGGUGCAUCAAGAACAAGAAUGGAGGGUAGAGUUGAUAAGAGAUCAACAAGGAGAUUUUCUUCCCACCAUAAGCAUUAUGAUCCUUCACAAGAUCAGGUUGGUGACACCCAAUUUCUAGCACGAGAAGAGAGCAAUUAAUGGUGGUCCCACAGGCUGAUAUCAGAACGAAUGACAAAGAUGAAAGAGACCUUCCUAAUGUAGCAGUUGCACCGCCACCCAUGGCUCCAGCCAGCUGAUGAAAAAAGAUUCUUCCUGUAGUAGUGGCCUCUUUUCUUUUCCCUGUCAUGGUUUUUUCUCUCCUUUUACCAGUAGCGGCUUGUUGUAAUGUUGGUGUAGCAUUAAUGCAUGAUUUGUGAGACAUUAUCAUGUUAUUAAUUAGGGCCAUUUCAUGAUUAAUUAGAACAAAGGUCGCUUCAUAUAUAUAUAUAUAUAUAUAUAUAUAUGAUUAUGGGCGCGUCAAUAUCCCUGGCAACCUCUAGGAUUUUGACAAAUCUCUUGACUUUUUGUUUUAGAUUCUUGAUUUAGUCGUUUAGAACGCAAAGUAGAUAUUUUAUGGCUGGACAGAGAUUGUUUUUAGGCAGUUAAUUAAAUAUAAAUAUAUAUAUAUAUAUGUGCAAUUUUCUCUC